GCAACCGCUCCUGUCGCUGUAUCAGUGUGAUGCUGUAGUGGGGGGUUGCUACUCAGCGUGAUGUUGAGCUGUUCUCUCAUUGGCCGCCACUCACUGACCAGUCCCCCGAUUGGCCGAGUUCCCAUCACUCAACCUCUCUCUCUCUCUGUGAUGUGCUUCGUAGGAGGAGUCUAUGCAGCAAAAUAGACAUAAUCUUCACCCCUCCCUCAUUCUUUUGCACAAACAUCAGUAUGCCUACGCACAAGUCCAGCUGUCAUGUGUUUACCUCUGUUUUCAGGAAAAGCCAACAGGAAUGAAUUGACUUCAAGGGUCGUCUGGGGGAAGAUGCGUUCUGACUGAACCUGCUUGUGGUUUUCAUUGCAUUUUGGCUGAUAUUCAUGUGGAAUUACCCCUCAUGAAGCUUUGCAGCAGACCCUGAUGCUGAUGGAGGAAAAAUGGAUGGCGUGUUGUUCAUUCAUCACACACACCUUCACAGAUAUCUUUUGUACACAACGCCUCAGAAAUGGAACUGAAUGUGUAUUGUACUAUAUGUACUGAAUAAUAUCAGAAUCUGAAAAGGAUUACGAGCACAGCGAUGUGACUAAAGGAUUGGUAGAGCUGCAGCCCCGCCCUUGGUUCCGUCCCAGAAUGCUGAGCCCGGUCCUCUGUUCAGACCUUGCAGCCUUGGAGCCAGAGUACACAGAUGCUGAUGUCAUCUCUACGGUGGAGUUUAACCAGACGGGGGAGUUUUUGGCCACGGGUGAUAAAGGUGGAAGGGUCGUCAUCUUUCAGAGAGAACCACUGGGCGAAUAUAAUGUGUAUAGUACAUUUCAGAGUCAUGAGCCUGAAUUCGAUUACCUGAAAAGUUUGGAGAUUGAAGAGAAAAUCAACAAAAUUCGCUGGCUGCCUCCACAUAAUCCCGCCCACUUCCUCCUCACCACCAAUGAUAAGACCGUAAAGCUGUGGAAGGUGAGUGAGAGAGACAAGCGGGCAGAAGGGUAUAAUCUCCGAGAUGAGGAGGGCCGGCUGAAGGACCUCUCCACAAUCACCACUCUGCAAGUCCCUGUCCUGCGGCCGAUGGAUCUCCUGGUGGAGGCAUCUCCACGGCGUGUCUUUGCUAAUGCACAUGCAUAUCACAUCAACUCCAUCAGCGUCAACAGUGACUGUGAGACGUACCUGUCAGCCGAUGACCUGAGGAUUAACCUGUGGCAUCUCAGCAUCACUGACCGCAGCUUCAAUAUUGUCGAUCUGAAGCCAGAAAACAUGGAGGACCUGAGUGAAGUGAUCACCGUGGCAGAGUUUCACCCUCACCACUGCCACCUUCUGGCCUUCAGCAGCAGCACAGGAACUACACGCCUCUGUGACAUGAGAGCCCGCGCCCUCUGCGACCAACACGCCAAACUGUUUGAAGAGGCAGUGGAUCCAUCUCGCCGGUCGUUCUUCUCAGAGAUUGUUUCCUCAGUGUCAGAUGUGAAGUUCAGUCACAGCGGCCGGUACCUGCUCACCAGAGAUUACCUCACCGUUAAAGUCUGGGACCUCAACAUGGAAAAUAAACCGGUUGAAGUAUACCAGGUCCACGACUACUUGCGAACCAAACUGUGCUCUUUAUAUGAAAGCGAUUGUAUUUUUGACAAGUUUGAAUGUGCCUGGAACGGAACAGACAGCGUGAUAAUGACAGGGGCUUACAACAACUACUUCCGAAUGUUUGACCGAGCGAGUCGACGUGACGUCACUCUGGAGGCCAGUCGGGAGGUGUGUAAGAGACGUGCGGUUCUGCAGCCUCGCCGGGUCUGUGUGGGCAAAAAACGAAAAGAGUCUGACGUCAGCGUGGACAGUCUGGAUUUCAGGAAGAAAAUCCUCCACACCGCCUGGCAUCCCAAAGAAAACAUCAUCGCCAUCGCCGCCAGCAACAACCUCUACAUUUUUCAAGACAGACUGACGCCCAACGGACAUCAUUAUACGCCCGAAAUACAAAGUGCACCUCCCAAAUGAUGAUCCUUCUGUAAAAGUUACAGAUUUCUUGCCCUUUAUUGUCAGUUUGGAUCUGAAAAUCAGUGUCUGCCGCAUCUCAUAAACUAUUAUGUACACGUAUAACCCCAACAGUUGAAUAACGCAUACGUAUAACUGUGGUCCUGAACGAGAACGUAUCUCUCAGAUUCAGUGCUAUAGCAUGGCAUGCAGUAUGAACACUCGGGUUAGAUAAUAUUCAGCUACCCUGAAUCAUUCAAAUCGCACAUGCAUGUUUACAAAGCUGUUUGCUUGUCAUGAACAGGGCUUAUUUAUGACGAUUGUAUACAAAUCUCAGAGCCUUUACGAUGCUUUACGACGCUCUGCAGUGCUUGUGUAGAAUUAAGUGUCUCUUCGUUCUUCUCAGGCUUGAGUUUUCUUCGGUUUUCUUUGGUUUGACAAACUGCUCAGGGACUCAAAGGCCUCUUCCUAUGUUCAAUGGCAAAACGCACCAAAACGAAAUCCAGAACAAGCAAAGGACAGGAUGCGGGAAUUAUGGAGGUCUGCUGAGAGACAUUGCUGGAAGGGAAAACAGCAUGUGCAGGGAUCAGUUUCAAUGCUGAGUCAUCACCGCUCCCACCUCAAUGUGUAACAGAGCAUUCCCAAUUCAAUGCUUUUGACCAAUUCAAUGUACUUACAGGUGUUUGCUGACUGGUGCAACGACGAUUUGUGUUAAAGAUGUAGCUCAGCCAAAACAUGAGAAUGAAAUUCUCCCCCUUGUGCCAUUCCAAA